GGGAUCUCCACUCUCCAGAGCUUCUGCUUGACGGAUUCCAGCAAUGUCGGAAGAGGAGAGCAACGACGAUGCCGGCGAGCAGAUGCCGCAGCAGGGCGGCAUCAAGACCAUGCCGUUCAUUCUCGAUUAAUUUGUGCGGUGCAGCGAACGAUUUCUGCGACCGGUUCGCGACGAUCGGGUUCAAUGCCAACCUGAUCACGUACCUGACGGCGGAGAUGCACCUGCCGCUGGUGGAGGCGUCCAACACGCUCACCAACUUCCACGGCGCGUCCAACCUCACACCGAUCGUCGGCGGCCUCAUCGCCGACUCCUUCGCCGGCAGGUUCUGGACCAUCGCCGCGGGCUCGGUGGCGUACCAGCUCGGCAUGGUCGGCCUCACCGUGUCGGCGCUCGUGCCAUCGCUGCGCCCGCCGCCGUGCCGCGGCGAGGCCGUGGCCGUGGCAGGGGAAGCUUGCCAGCGCGCGACCCCGUGGCAGCUGCUCGUCCUCUACCUGUCUCUGCUCUGCACGUCCGUCGGCACCGGCGGCACGCGGCCGUGCGUCAUGGCGUUCGGCGCCGACCAGUUCGAGCUGGGCAAGCCACCGCGGCGGCGACCCGGCGAGGCCGGCGCGCCGAGGUGGAGCUUCUUCAACCUCUACUUCUUCGGCGUUGAGCUCGCCAAGCUGGUGGCCGUGACGGCGGUGGUGUACAUCCAGGAGAACGUGGGGUGGGGGUGGGGGCUCGGCGUCCCGACCAUCGCCAUGCUCGCCGCGGUUACCGCGUUCGUGGCGGGCUACCCGCUCUACGUCAAGAUGGCUCCCGGUGGCAGCCCGCUGACGCGGCUGGCCCAGGUCGCCGUCGCGGCUUUCCGGAAGAGAAACGUGGCCGUGCCGGACGAUCCUGGCCUCCUUCACGACGACAAGGAGCUCGACGCCGGCGUCUCCACCACCGGCCGGCUGCUCCACACCAACCAGCUCACAUUUUUUGACCGGGCUGCGGUUGUCACUGACGGCGACAUGGAGGGAGGCGGCGGCGCACGGCCGUGGCGGCUGUCGACGGUGCACCGGGUGGAGGAGCUCAAGUCGAUCAUCCGCAUGCUGCCCAUCUGGGCCGCGGGGAUCCUGCUGGUCACGUCGGCCUCGCACAACCACAGCUUCGCCAUCCAGCAGGCGCGCACCAUGGACCGGCGCGUCACGGCGAGCCUGGAGAUACCGCCGGCGUCCAUGCUGAUCUUCUCCAACGUCGCCAUGCUCGCUACCCUGGCGCUCUACGACCGCGCGCUGGUGCCCCGGCUGCGCCGCCUCACGGGGCACCCCGCCGGGAUCACGCACCUCCAGCGCACGGGCGUCGGCCUCGCCAUCAGCGCCGUGAGCAACGCCGUGGCGGCGGCCGUCGAGGGGAGGAGGCGGCGCGCCGCGGCGAGCCACGGCCUCCUCGACGAGCCCGGCGCCACCGUGCCGAUGAGCGUGCUCUGGAUGGCGCCGCAGUACGCCAUCCACGGCGCGGCCGACGCGUUCAUGGACGUCGGCCGCAUGGAGUUCCUGUACGACCAGGCGCCCGAGGGCAUGCGGAGCACGGCGGCGGCGCUGUACUGGCUGACCAUGUCGGCGGGGAGCUACAUGAGCACGCUGCUGGUGACGGCGGUGCACGAGAGGACCAGAGGCGAAGGGGAGUGGCUCCAGGACAACCUCAACCGGGGGAGGCUGGACCGCUACUACUGGCUCGUGGUGACGCUGCAGGUGAUCAACGUCGUCUACUUCGUCAUCUGCGCCAAGCUGUACACCUACAAGAAGCUAGAAACAGUCGAUGGAGUGAGCACAGGGGAGAGAAAUGACAUAGUUGAUGAUCAGGAGAAUGCAGGGGAGAGAGAUGAGAAAGGAAGCGAUGUAAAAGAUGUAGAGCUUCAGCCUCUGCUACUAUCGGAUGUAACGCUCCCAUAGAGAUGUUUUUAGAGAUUUUGGGGGUGUGUUUUUUUUCACUGGGAGGCAACUGUUAGUGCCGAGCUCCCCCUCUCUCAGCCGUCGUGCUCCAUGUUAGGUUUAAUGAAACUAAUUUAAUA